GUAGUUUUACGGGGAUUCGUCAACAUAGGGCAUAAUUUUAAUAAAUAUAAAAAACAAAACAAUAGUUAAGUAAUUAACAUAUUUUAGUUUUUUAAAAUGUUAAAUUUUAAGCCUUAUAUUGAAAAUAUUUAUUGAUAAAAUUUCCAACAAAAUAUCUGUUUGUAUAAAAGAUGUCACAAUUAUCCAAAAUUUGUAUGGUGUGUGGAGAUAAGGCUCUUGGCUACAAUUUUAACGCAAUAACAUGUGAAAGUUGUAAAGCUUUUUUUCGAAGAAAUGCUCUUUUAACUAAAGCAUUAGAAUGUCCCUUUAAUCAGAAAUGCGAAAUAACAGCAAUAACUAGAAGAUUUUGCCAAAAAUGUCGGUUAGAAAAGUGCUUCGCGGCGGGAAUGAAAAAGGACCAUAUAAUGUCAGAAGAAGACAAAAAACUAAAAAAGCAUAAAAUAGAACAGAACCGUGAGAAGCGAAAGCAAAUGAAAUGUAAAAAAUUAAAGGAGGGAAACACUCCUGAAACAUAUGAAGAUGACGAUGAUUCAAAAUCCCAAAAUUCUCUAAACACCUCCGCUUAUUCAUCUACAGAUCCUGAAGAAAAUGAAAAAACAAAUAUUUCUCAAAUUGUAGAGUGCAUUGUUCAAAAUCCGGACAAUUCUUCAAAAGCUAUUAACGACUACAUGAAAACACAAACUGAUGCCUUAAAUAUCAUGGAAAGAAUUAUAAAUUCACAGAAAGAUGCCAUGAAAUUGAUAAGCCAUUUAAUAUUGUAUCCUGGACACGCCUUACAAAUAAUUAGCAAAAUUAUGAACUCACCUUUAGACGCCCUUACAGUUUUCACAAAAUUCAUGAGUUCGCCUAAGGAUUCUAUGGAAAUUAUUUCCAAAAUAGCUAACUCACCUAAUGAUGUUCUUAAGUUUAUGCGCCAGUUAAUGACUAGUCCAGGUGACGCUCUUGAUAUUAUGAACAAAUUUAUGAAUACACCAGCAGAAGCCUUGAAACUUAUUAACAGUAUGGUUAGUGCCAAUUUUGAAAUAGAAGUUUUUAAUAAAAACACAGAAACACCUACACCAAUAAAUUCAAAGCCUCUGGGAAUUUUAAAUUCUGUAAUAGAAAAUAAUUUUGGAUUGGGUACUACAACUGGUAAAGAAACUCCAGGAUCGGUAGGAAUCAAAUUAGAACAAAUUUUUCGAGAAGAAAGUAAUGAGCAUGUUCCCAGUUCAGUUAAUAAUAUUGAGGAAACUAAUAAUGUAAUAAAUAAGGAGCAAAAAUCAUCUGAAAAUGAAAGCGUACCUGAAGAUAGCCUUUUUUCCGUUUCAAUGGAAACAAUCUUGUGUGAUGCAAUCAAAUUAGAAUAUGAAUUAAAUGAUCCCAUAACUCAAUCAUCUUUUGCUGGAAAAGAGUUGACUGAUAUUGAAAUGUCUAAAUUAAGCGAAUUAAAAGCGGCUAGUGAAGCUCUCUGUAAUCCUGUUGACGAAGAUUUAAGAGAUUUAGUGGAUCCUGAAAGAAUUAAGGAUCAACAAUUUCCGCAGCUGUUAAGCGUGAUAAAUUUAACUGCAGUAGCUAUCCGGAGAUUAAUAAAAAUGUCUAAAAAAAUCAAUGCAUUUCGGAAUAUGUGCCAAGAGGAUCAAAUAGCAUUACUAAAGGGUGGUUGUACAGAAAUGAUGUUAAUGCGUUCGGUUUUUACAUAUGAUCAAAAACGUGCCACUUGGAAGAUACCUCACAGUCAAGAAGAUAUGUCCAACAUACGUGUUGAUGUCCUAAAAUUAGCAAAAGGAAAUGUUUAUGAAGAAUUUAAGCACUUCAUUCAUACAUUUGAACCGAAAUGGAGGAAAGAUGAAAAUAUAACGUUAAUCUUAAUUGCCAUAGUUCUUUUUACACCGUUUCGAGCCCGUGUUAUUCAUUCCGAUGUAAUAAAAUUGGAACAGAAUUCUUAUUACUAUUUAUUAAGAAGAUAUCUUGAAAGCAUUUAUCCUGGCUGCGAAGCAAAAUCUACUUUUCUUAAAUUAAUUCAAAAGAUUACUGAAGUUGAACGUUUGAAUUCGUCCAUUAUAAGUGUAUAUUUAAAUGUAAACCCAUCACAAAUAGAACCUUUAUUAAGAGAAAUUUUUGAUUUAAAGGGAUAUUGAUAAUUAUUAAACGAUACCGUGUUUUUAAUUAUUGAAAUGUUAAAAUUACAACAUAAUAUUAAUUAUGCUGUAUUAUAUUUCUUCUUCUUUAUUUGCCAUGUUUUAAAAGCUAUAAAAAUUAUAAUGUUAAACAAUUUAUAAAAAACCCUGUGCUAAUUUAUUUUGAUUUAACAAAAUAUUGCUUUUAUGUAGAUAAAAAAAUACACUUUGUAUUUUUUCUUUUUAAAUAAUUUAAAUAUGUACCUAUAUUUAAUGUAUAUUUUGCUUUAUUUUUUAAGUUAAUAUUGAGAACGUAUUAUAAAACUGAUAAAAUAAUAAAUAUAAUUUGAGAAAAUAAUGCUAAGAAU